UCCUGCCGCUCAAUCAUUAGGGCCUCUUUCUUUCUCUCUCUCCCUCUCUCUUUCUUUUCAUCUCUCUUACUUCUUUGUCAGCCAAAAGAAAAAUCCUAUAGUAGUGCGAUGCCGGCGGCGGCGGAAGGCGGAGCGAGCGGCGGAGGAACAGGCCAAGCGUCGACGGUGGCGGUGAACGGUGGGAGCGGGAACGGAGCGGCGACGGGAGCUUUGGUGGUGAAGAAAGCGCCGUCGAAGGAUCGGCACAGCAAGGUGGACGGCCGCGGAAGAAGGAUCCGGAUGCCGAUCAUAUGCGCGGCGCGCGUGUUUCAGCUAACGCGCGAGCUAGGUCACAAGUCUGAUGGACAGACUAUCGAGUGGUUACUGCGGCAGGCUGAGCCUUCUAUCAUCGCUGCUACUGGCACCGGAACCACACCAGCCUCUUUUACCACUGCGUCCACUUCGCUGCGCUCCUCUACUUCUGCUCCGAUCGAAAACAAAUCCGGCGCCUCCUCCGUCACCGCCGUCUCCUCCUUUCCCGGGACCCAUCUUCUAACCCAACCGCUCGCCCCUGCUCCCUUCAUCCUCGGGAAACGCAUCCGCUCCGACGACGAUUCCGAUGGAAGCGCCGGAAAGGAUAACGGUUGCAGUGGGGCCGGCAUCGCCGCCAUGGCCCAAACUUUGGGUCCCGCAGGAGGGUUCUGGGCCGUCCCUGCCCGGUCAGAUUUUGGCCAGGUGUGGAGCUUCGCGGCGCCUGAGAUGGUCAUGCCGCAACCCGCGUUCUCCGGUAGGUUCGCCGCAGCUGUUCAGUCAGUGGGGGAGGCAUCCGCGGCUAGGGUUGGGAACUACCUUCCCAUCGCGCAGGGUCACCUCAACUUACUCGCCUCUUUGUCAGGUUCACCGGCCGCAGGCGCGGCCGGGAGGAGAGAGGACGAGCCUCGCUGAUUUCUUACCUUCUCUAUUUUCUUAGCCUGAUCGAUUUCUGGAAGUCGGCAAGUUAGGGUUUGUGAAUUUGAAUGUCGACAUAGCUAAGUUUUUACUGCUCUCUUUCCGCCCAGCUAGCUCUGAUCUGUUAAGUUGGUUUUCUUCCAUUGGCUCCUCGAUUCCCUCUCUUUCCUCCUUUCUUUUCCAUCUUCUUCUCGUAUCAAACGAUUGAACACUAAUGAUGAUGCAGAAGAAAAUGUGAGAAUUUUAACAUUGUUACGGCUUCUCAAAUCUGAACUGAAUCUAUCUCAGUCAUGGAGAACAAGCAAAUCAAGAUCAACUAUAAAUUUCUGUUUCAUCAAUCAAUCUCUGAUCUUGCCAACAUAAAUUUUGCGUUGAAAGAAAGACGAGUUGGCGACUUCAGAUUUGGGAUUCUCCCCUGAAAUCCGUUCAAUUCACCAUUUUAGCUUUGCUUGUUAAUGUACUGAAUUGAGAGCGAUGGAGGAUUUGGUUGUAACAGAUCGAUACGUCUAUUCAAAUCUUCCUUCCAGUUCUUGGGUUUUAUCUGUAUUCGACUCGUUGCUGGAUUUAUCAACGAGCUAAUAAUAGGGUUAUAUAUGUAUUUCAGGAUUUUUCGGUUUAGUGAGUGCAAAAUAAAAUUAUUAUGUAUUUUCUUUGCUGCAGUAA